GGAGGAGGCGGAGCGUCACAGUCGUCGGUGAGGCGGCUCAGGGGCCGCGGCGGCCGCGGAGGGAGAGAGGAGAGGGCGACGACGGCACGCCCGCCGCAAGACCUGCAAUAUGGUGUCGUCUAUUAUUUCCCGAGCCGUUGUGUUGGUAUUUGGAAUGCUGUAUCCUGCAUAUUACUCAUACAAAGCUGUAAAGACAAAAAAUGUGAAGGAAUAUGUGCGAUGGAUGAUGUAUUGGAUUGUGUUUGCUCUUUAUACUGUCACUGAAACAAUAGCAGACCUCAUGAUCUCUUGGUUUCCUCUGUACUACGAGUUGAAGAUUGCUUUUGUUAUUUGGUUGCUCUCUCCAUAUACUAGAGGGGCAAGUUUAAUAUAUAGAAAGUUUCUCCAUCCUCUUCUUUCUUCAAAAGAGAAGGAGAUUGAUGAAUAUAUUGUGCAAGCCAAAGAACGUGGGUAUGAAACAAUGGUUAAUUUUGGCAAACAGGGUUUAAAUCUAGCUGCUACAGCAGCAGUGACUGCAGCUGUAAAGGGCCAAGGAGCAAUAACUGAAAAGUUGAGGAGUUUCAGUAUGCAGGACUUAACUGCUAUACAAGGUGAUGAACCAGUGGGACAACGGCCCUACCAGACAUUACCUGAUACCAAAAGGAGAGGCAAAAACGCCAGCACCAGUGAAACCCUAGGUUACAGUAUUCCAGUGAAAGAUGAUUCUGAAGAUGAUAAAACAGAUGAGGAGAGGGAAGGGACCUAUUCAGAAGAUGAGAUGUUUACUCAGAGAGGUCUCCGGAGAACACAAAGCAUGAGAUCCGUAAAAACAAUCAAAGGUCGCAAAGAGAUGCGGUAUGGCUCAUUAAAAUACAAGGUGAAAAGAAGACCACAAGUAUACUUCUAAGUGAUCUUCGCAACUCAUCUGAAAUUGAACUAUUAUCAGUUGACUCCUCCGGGCCACUAUAGGCCUGGGCCUAUGUGUACGGCUUCCCCGUUCUCUCAAAAUGACUCAUGAUCUGAGUGGAUUUUCCUGGUUACGGAAGAGAAAGGGAAACAUCUUUAGUGCACAGAGCUCUGCAUGCGUAUCUGAACUACUUGCCACUGUGCUGUGCAUUUAAUCAUACCAAAAAAAUCAAUCAUGGUGGUUGGAAUUUAUUGCUUUAAAGGCAGAUCAUAUGUUUAUACUCAGAUUUUUAAAACUAAUUGCUUAUAUGGAUAGGUAACACUUCAGGGUCCUGUGCUUUAUAAAACGGUAUAAUUUAAAGACUGGCAGAUACUACCGUAUUUUUUACUCUUUUGGGCGAACAUUUUAAUGCUUGUUUGAUGUUUAACACUUAAUGAAAAUGAUGCACUUCUAAUUUCUUACUAUAACUAAAAAGUUUAUACUUGAAUACAUUAUAUUUCAAGGUAUCUUAAAAUGCUUUAAAAUCUGGGGUUGGAGAAAUGAGCCUGAUGGAAAUAGGAAUAAUUAGUAGUUAGUCUUUAUAAUGACUUGGAUCCAAAGAUUAAAAAGUUCAAGCAAGUAGUUUCUGCUCUGCAGUAAACUGAGUCUUUAAAACAAAUAGUAGUCUGGUUUUAAAACUUUCUUCAUUGCUGUGUGACAUGGGGACUACUUAGUCAAAGGAUUGUUUCAGCUCUCAGAACUUGUUUUGAUGGUUCUUUUGACGUCUGUGUUUUGCUGUGCAAUAAUAAUAUGGAUGUACCUAGUGCAGUCAGCCUAUCUGAUUGCUCAGUAUAUUGCCUUGACCAUUUCUGCACAAUAUCAAACAUACGGAUUUACAGGUUUAUGGGAGUUUUGAUGCAUUUUUUUGGUCCAGUGUUUGCCAAAAAGCAUAGAAAUGUGUUUUAUUCAAAGACAGACUAUUAUUUCACCCAGCUCUGAGUGCUUUAUUUUAGUUGGCAGUAUCUCUCGGCUGUUCCAGGAAAGAAUCUUUACCAGCCUGGGAUUGAGUGUAAUACCAAAUAAGAUUAUUUUUGUAUUUAAUUUCUCUUUGGAGUCUACUAGUGCAUCUGUGAGAAUGCAGCCAGGUUCCUUUUUCUCCUAAAGUCUCCAGAAUCCAUCUAAACAUUCAUAGUUAUAUUCUGUCUUGGAGACUUCAGACAAAUACCCAAAACAAAACAAUACACAACCCACAUAUCCUAGAUUCACUUGUUUCUUCUCUGGCUCUGUCUGGUGAUUUUUCAAUGUUAGUUUUUAAAAUCUUGCAUUUGUUUUCAUCUUUGUUUGCAUGUGUAGCCAUUUUUUUUCUUGUAAAGCAUUGCUAAAGACUAUGUUUAGCCCAUGCCCAGAACUGAAAGCCAUAUUAGCAGUACAAAAAACUGGAUCAUUGGAUUCAAAUGCUGGUCUGUGUUAGACCAGCAUAAUCUGUAGAGCCUGUUUUCACUUGAUACAUUUCUGUGAUGUCCUUUGUACUCUUUCAGAGCAGCAUUUUCAAAUGCUAAUGGAUACUUAAGUGUCUCACUACUUAAAAGCUGGCUUACAAAUGCCACUCUUCCUCGAUGCCUAAAUGUGACUCACCCGUUCUUGUUGGGUAAAUCUUCCGAUCUCUUGGGAUAGCCAGGAGUUUUAAUAUUGCCAUCUGGAUGAAAAGAAUAAUUUUAAUCCUUUAGUGAUUAAAUGAUUUUUAAAAAGAAAAUAUCAUAAGAUGAGAUCCACAUUUUAAAGCAGAUCACAGUGCUGGAAUCUGAACACUUGAAAAAAUGUUACCGUUAUAUCUGUUGGUACUAAGCUUUAAUGUGAGAUAAAUAGAUUCCAUAUAGAUGCAGUCGCUGUUGCCUGUUUUUGGUCAAAAGAUAUUUAGCCGCUUGUGCUCCUUCUAUUUUUAUCUGUUUUAUACUAAUUUAUACAAUGCUUUGGAUAUGAAAUAAAUAAACAGAUUCCAGAAAAACAUAGUUUUCUUAUGCAUAGAAAUGUCCAAAAGGUUGACAGUCUCAACAAUAUAUAAGAGUUAACAUGCUUGUAAGAGUGUUCCUUCUGUGGAAAAGAAUUAACAAUUUCUCCUAAAAAUUAGAAGCUUGUCCCAUUUUGGAAAUCCAAGUGCUGCAAGCUUCAGAAAUAGAAUUAAAUAUUAUAGAAAGAGUUCUUGCCAUUGCAUUUUUCUGUAGCUGUUAAUGUGAUUACACUCAAUAUAGGGAAUAUAGAUUGAGAUGUAUGAAUCGGGAGACAAACGAUCCCAGGAGUAUCUUUCAAAGGGCUUGUUGUUCUGCAGAUACUCAGUUAACAAAAUGUGGGCUGUUUUAAAUUUAGUUCUUUAGCAGUUUGAGAAUUUAGUUCUGUAACAGGAGUGGGUAAUUUGCGACCUACUGGAUAUUGUCUAUGACUUGCAGAAUUCCUCAUCUUUGUCUAGUCCAGUGGUUCCCAGCCUUUGUUCCUCCAGUUGUUUUGGACUUCAAUUCCCAGAAAUCCCCAUCAGUUUAUUAAUUGCUAGGAAUUGUGGGAGCUGCAAUCCAAAACAUCAGGAAUACUAAAGGUUGGGAAGCACUGCUCUAGGCUACCUAAGACUGAUAGGAAUUGCACUGGGUGACACCUCCUCUUCUUCCUAAAGAA